UCCGGAGCCCAGGCUGGGGUAGAGCCUGGGCAGCAGAGAGCCUGGGGCCCUGCUGUACCCGCAGAGUGGAGGCACCAUGCCCUCACCGGCCACAGGGACCACAGACCGCGCAGGAAGCCCUGCAGGCCCGCCUACAGCAACUCCCUGACCCCCAGGGACAAGCCCAGGCUGGGCCAGCAACACCUACCUUCCAAGAGCCAUGCACGCUGGCUGCUGCUCCAGGCCUCCCCUGUCCCCAGGCCAAAGAUGAUCCCCAACAGCACCAGGGAGGCACCCAGCCCGGUUCCCACGGGGGCCCUGGGGCUCUCCCUGGCUCUGGCCAUCCUCAUCAUCGCCGCCAACCUGCUCCUGGCCUUGGGCAUCGCCAGGGAUCGGCACCUGCGCCGCCCGCCCGCUGGCUGCUUCUUCCUGAGCCUGCUGCUGGCCGGGCUGCUCACAGGGCUGGCGCUACCCGUGUUGCCCGGCCUCUGGAGCCAGAGCCGCCUAGGCUACUGGUCCUGUCUCUUCCUCUAUCUGGCGCCCAACUUCUCCUUCCUGUCCCUGCUCGCCAACCUCCUGCUGGUGCACGGCGAGCGCUACAUGGCAGUGCGGCAGCCCCUGCGGCCCCGCGGGAGCACAUGGCUGGCCCUGCUCCUCACCUGGGCUGGGCCCCUGCUCUUCGCCAGCCUGCCAGCCCUGGGGUGGAACCAUUGGGCCCCCGGCACCAACUGCAGCUCCCAGGCUGUCUUCCCCGCCCCCUACCUCUACCUUGAAGUCUACGGGCUCCUGCUGCCCGCCGUGGGGGCCGCCGCCCUGCUCUCUGCCCGUGUGCUGGCCAUGGCUCACCGCCAGCUGCAGGACAUCCGGCGGCUGGAGCGGGCAGUGUGCCGUGGUGCGCCAUCAGCCCUGGCCCAGGCCCUCACCUGGAGGCAGGCGAGGGCACAGGCCGGGGCCACGCUGCUCUUCGGGCUGUGCUGGGGACCCUAUGUGGCCACCCUGCUCCUCUCAGUCCUGGCCUUUGAGCAGCGCCUGCCGCUGGGGCCAGGAACUCUGUUGUCCCUCAUCUCACUGGGUAGUGCCAGCGCAGCAGCCGUGCCCGUGGCCAUGGGGCUGGGGGAUCAGCGCUACACAGCCCCCUGGAGGACGGCUGCCCGCAGGUGCCUGCGCAUGCUGCCCAGAAGGACCCCCCACACUGGGCCUGGUCCCCGCACAGCCUACCGCACCAGUAGCCAAAGCAGCGUGAACCUUGACUUGAACUAGGGGAAGGGCCUCUGCUGGCUCCUGCUCGAAGCAUCUGUCCAUCUCCGCCAGGAAGGCAGUCUCUUGUCUCCCCGGUGCUGCAUCAGAGGCCCUGCCCUUAUCUGACCCUACCC